UCCUUGGUCCUCGUUGACAUCGAUAGCUAACAAGAUUGCACCCAGUGGUAGUGGCGUUGAUAGUUCUCGGGAUUGUAGCCAUGUGGAUCCUUUCCUGGUUGAGGCAAUGAUCGAUCAACUGCUAGUGUCCUUGUUGAAAUCGAAACAUAGAUAGCUAACAAUAUCGCGCCCAAUGGUGGUGGCGUUAAUAGUUCACGAGAUUGUAGCCGUGUGUUGACAUUGAUAGUCAAGAGAAUCUGAGUUGUACCUGGAUAGAUACGUGCUAGAGAAACUGUUAUGGAUUAGGGCAUUUACUGCAGAGUAACAAUUCUUCUAAGCCUAUCCUUCUAAUGUUUAGAAUAUUACUCAAUUACCUGAUAAAUAGUGUUAUUUUUCCACGGGCAGUUAUUAAAACCUACCUUAAAUCUGUGCAACCUGAUAGUGUAUAAACCUUUGAUAUUUCCACCUUAAACUAUUUAGUAUACUAGAGUUUAUAGUUUAAAAUAUUAAUGGUCUAACAAAUCCGGUUGUAAAUUAGAGUUUGUGGCAAAAAAUGAUCGAAUAUGUCCAACCAUAUUUACGACUUAAACUGCCAACUCAGUAAUCCUGAAUGCUCUUUUGUUAAUUUAUUUGUGCCGGAGGUUUCAGGAGAUAAGGGCAAAGUACCGGGAAUAAUUGUAGUAGUGCAAACACAGGCAUAUUGUGAAGAAGAAAAGUUCAAAAAUCAAGAACUUGUUUUUUGACAACAUCUGAAUGGUUUCAGUGGUAAAAAAAUAUAAAAAUUCAGUGUCAGGAGACUUUUAGUUAUCACAAUGAGCUUCAAACAGUCUAAGUUUGAUGAAAAAGAAAUAGAGUUCCAAGCUGUAGCAAAGUCAAAAGAUGAACCUAAAAAGCCACCAGAUGUUCCUCCGGUCGGUGUGUUGGAGAUAUUUAGAUUCUGUGAUGGAUUUGAUAAGCUCCUCAUAUUCAUUGGACUUGUCUCAGCCAUUGGGGCGGGGGUUGCUUUCCCCUUCAUGUUCUUUAUGUUUGGUACAAUGACUCAGUAUUUCACUGAUUACAUAUCCCCUUUACAAAUUCCUGGUUUAACAGAUGAAAUGAAGGUGGAAAUCUUGUGGAAGGGAAUUAUGGAAUUUGUUUGGAAGUUGUGUGCCUUAGGUGGAGGUCUUUGGUUAUCCCAUUAUUUUUUUGUCACUUCUUUAAAUUAUGCGGCUGAAAGACAGGUCCUUAGAAUGAGACAGUUAUUUUUUGCUGCUGUUUUGAAGCAGGAUAUUGCAUGGUAUGAUACAAACACUACAACAGACUUUGCAAGCACAAUGUCAGAAGAUUUAAACAAGAUCCAGGAAGGUCUAGGAGAGAAAAUUGGUAUGUUUUUCCGUUUCUUUGUCACCUUUCUUGUGGCCUUUGGAAUAUCAUUUUAUCAGAAUUGGCUGCUGUCUGCCGUUCUCUGUGCAGUGGUGCCAUUGCUAAUCAUUUUGGGAGGAGUAUUUGGAAUGAUUAUAACAUCAUUUUCUAAAAAUGAGCUUAGUGUUUACAGCAAAGCUGGCGAGAUGGCAGAAGAAGUUCUCUCCUCUAUCAGGACUGUUAUUGCCUUUGGAGGCGAAGAAAUAGAAGUUGAAAGAUACAGUACAGAAAUAAAGGUUGCUCAAAGAAGUGGAAUGAUCAAAGGAUUCCUUGUGUCACUAACUAUGGGUCUAAUGUUUGGACUAAUGUAUGGUAUUUAUGGUUUUGGAUUCUGGUUUGGUGUAAAGCAGGUGAUGGACCAACGUGAAACACCUGAAUUUGGAGAGUGUGCCAUAAACUGUUUCUUAAAUAGUACAAGUGAUGCAGAUAUACAAACCUGUAUCACUGAAUGCUUUGACUUCAAUCCAGGGACUGUGGCUACAGUUCUGUUUGGAAUUCUACAGGGAGGUAUGCAAAUCGGGCAGUCCUCUAUGUUUGUUGAAGCUUUUAACACAGCCCGAGCAGCAGCGGGCAAAAUUUUUAAAGUCAUCAACAGACAAUCUUUGAUAGACAGCAGCAGCUUUGAAGGAAUACAUCCAGAUAGUAUAAAGGGAAAUAUUAAGUUUAACAAUGUUUUCUUCAAUUAUCCCUCUCGUCCAGAUGUGAAAAUUCUAAAUGGACUGAGUAUUGAUAUUCCAAGUGGCAAGUCAGUUGCUUUUGUUGGGUCUUCAGGAUGCGGAAAAUCAACAUGCAUUCAACUUAUCCAGAGGUUUUAUGAUCCUGACUCUGGCUCAAUAAACAUUGAUGGAAUAGACAUCAAGAGGUUAAAUGUAAAAUGGCUUCGAGAAAAUAUUGGUAUUGUAGGACAGGAACCUGUUCUAUUUGAUUGCACUAUUAGAGAAAACAUAAAGUAUGCAAAGUUAGAUGCAACUGAUGAAGAGAUAUUGAAAGCCUGCAAGGAGGCAAAUGCAUUGGACUUCAUUUCAAAGCUUCCCAAUAAACUGGACACAAUGGUGGGAGAGGGUGGUGCUCAAUUAUCUGGAGGUCAAAAACAGAGAAUUGCUAUAGCCCGUGCCCUGAUCAGAAACCCAAAGAUACUCUUACUGGAUGAAGCAACUUCAGCAUUGGAUAAUGCCAGUGAAAAGAGUGUUCAGACUGCCCUUGAUAAUGUUCAAGAUGGUCGAACAACUAUUAUUGUUGCUCAUCGCCUGUCAACAAUUAGACAUGCUGACCUUAUUGUUUCCUUUGAAAAUGGUCAAGUAAAAGAACAGGGUACUCAUGCUGAACUUAUGAAGAAAGAAGGGCUUUAUCAUAGUCUGGUUAUGCGUCAGAUGACAGGUCAAAUAGAGGAUUUUCAGAUGGAAAACAAUGAAAAGACACUUUCCAAACAAUUAUCCAUAAUGUCAUCUGAAGAAGAGCAAGUUGUUUUCAGUCCUGAAAAGCCAAAAGCAGUAAAAAAAUAUGGAAAUAUUAAGAUCUUGAAGAAGCUGUUUAAAAUGAAUAGACCUGAAACUGGAUACUUGAUUUUUGGAUUCCUCUGCUCUGCUGCAUUUGGACUUACAAAUAUUGCCUUUGCCGUAUUGUUUGGAGAUGUUUUCUCAAUCUUUGUAAAAGAGCCAGAACCAGCAAGAAAGGAGGCAACUUUGAUAGCAUUAAAGUAUGGUGCCCUAGCAUUGUACACCUUUUUAUGUAUGCUGGGGCAAGGGUCAGCCUUCUCAGUUGCUGGAGAAAGACUAACUCAAAGGCUAAGGGUCCUGAUGUACAAAGCAAUGCUAAGACAAGAAAUUGGAUGGUAUGAUUUGGAGGAAAAUAAUUCUGGUUCUUUGUGCUCCCGUUUAUCCUCCAAUGCUCAAUCUGUUCAAAGUGCUACUGGAGUAAAAAUUGGUCAAAUUUGUCAAUCUAUAUCUGCUCUUGCAUGUGGGUUAGGACUCUCUCUUUAUUAUAACUGGAAAGUUGGACUGGUCAGUAAUGCCUUUGUUCCUAUUCUUGUUGUUGGUAUGCUUUAUCAAAUGUUAUUGUUUACCAAACAUUCAUCUGUUCAAAAAAAGGCCCUUGAAAGUUCUUCAAAGUUUGCCAUAGAAGCAAUAAAGAAUAUCAGAACAGUAGCUGGGCUUGGUUGUGAGAACAUGUUUCAAGAUCUCUACAACAAGGAAUUAAUAAAGCCCCACAAAAAAACCUUAAAGCAGUCUCAUGUUCGUGGCAUUAUCUAUGGGUUUGCCAACUCAACAUUCUGCUUUGCAUAUGCGGUUUGCUUUUCUUAUGGAGGACAUGUGUAUACAGAAGAUUUAGCUGAAUAUCCACCAGAAGGGGGACGAAUCAUGGAAAUAUGGAAAAUUGGUAUUGGUGUUCUUAGUGGUGCUAUGAUGAUAGGAAUGUCAAUGUCUUUUGUCAUGGACUUCAAUCAAGUGUUUGAGGCAGCAGAAAUAAUAUUUUCUUUACUUGAGCGAAAUCCGAAAAUAGAUUCCAGCAGAUCAGCUGGUCUACUGAUACCAGAAAUAAAUGGCAACAUCUAUUUGGAGAAUGCAGAGUUUUCUUAUCCAACAAGGCAAGAAGUACAGGUUAUGAAAAGGCUUACCAUGUCUAUCAAAAAUGGAGAAAAGAUUGCAUUGGUGGGACAAUCUGGAUGUGGAAAGUCCACCAUCAUACAACUUAUUCAGAGGCUUUAUGAUGUGGAAAAUGGAAAUGUUAUGAUGGAGAAUUAUGACAUACGGCAGCUAAAUCUUGCAGCUGUUCGAUCAAAAUUAGGAUUAGUUUCACAAGAACCUGUACUGUUCAACAGAUCAAUUGCUGCCAACAUCAUGUAUGGAGACAAUGCAAGAAGUGUUACAAUGGAGGAGGUUGUUACUGCUGCUCGUGCUGCUAAUAUUCACAGUUUUGUUGCUGCCCUUCCAAAUGGGUAUGAGACCAAUGUUGGUGGAAAGGGCACACAGUUGUCUGGUGGACAAAAACAGCGGGUUGCUAUUGCACGUGCACUUGUUAGAAAUCCAGGUAUAUUGCUGUUGGAUGAAGCAACAUCUGCUCUUGACACCGAAAGUGAAAAAAUUGUGCAGGACGCCCUGGAUGCUGCACAAAAUGGAAGAACAUCUAUAACAAUAGCUCAUAGACUUACAACAAUUGUUGGAGUAGACACAAUAUAUGUUAUAGAUAAAGGUCAAGUAGUUGAAUUUGGAUCACAUUCUGAGCUUCUGCAGAAGAAAGGAGUUUACUAUAGCCUCUGGAAUGCCAGUGCUACACAUUAAACAUUUGAAUUGUUUUUAAAGCGUCCUUAAAGUGUUCUUCAGUUAGUUAUGCUAUUAAGAGAGUUUGAUCAGAAGAUCUUGAAGAUAUUUAAUUUUUCAAAUUAAGAAUUCAGCUAAAUCAUCAAUUCUUAAUCAUCCCUUAGUUUGUUCAUACUGUCGUCCAUUUGUAGUCUUCUUCUCAGAUUGCUGAUAGUUUAGAAUUUUAGCCUGUUAAUUGCUCAUUUGAAUGCAUGUAUAAAGAGUAUCCCACCAAACAUGACAGUUUGGGGACAACUUAAAUGUCGUCUUAGAUAUUUUGAAUAUUUUUUUGUAAGCUUAAUUUAGACUUUUUUGUGCUUUAAAACCGCCAGAUAAAUGGAAAAAUUCCGUUCAGAUUUAGAAAUUGUUUGCUUUAUUUGAAAAUAUUGCUUAAUAUCUCUAUUACUAUUGAAAUCAAACUAAGGCAGGCCACCUUUUGGAAAAACCAGGAAUUUUGUGAUUAUGGUUUCAAGAAUCAUACAUAAACUUUAUGUCGUCUCUCAACUGACAGGUUUCUGGGGGCAUCACCCUGUAUGAAAAUUAUUUGUAAAUUGAAGGAAAACUGUUAAGUGACAUUUGCUUGCAUUUCAAAACCAAUGUAUCAUUUACUCUCAGAGAAAUUAGAAUCAAUGGAAAAGAAUUCAAAUGUACAUUUAGCAAGGAAUUAAAGUUUAGAAUAAUUUUGAUUAUAAAUGCUUAUGUCCCUAAUUAUGUAAAAUUACAUUUAAUUGCCAUUUAAUUUUGAUAAAGUAUAUUUUGAAUAAAUGACAAUGUAUUGAUGUGAGAGAUUUUACAAUAUUUA